UCUACAUUUCUCACACACUGAGUUGAGAGUUGAGUGAGAGAAAACUAUGAGUUUCAGAAGUAUGUUGAAAGUGAGUUUCUUAAUGUUGCUUGCCAUGACUUUGGCAGCAACUAGUGCUCAUGCUCGCUUAGACCUAUUUGGCCAGCUCCUUACCUCCAAGAACCAACCAGACCCUAAUUAUGAAUGCCAGAAAAUUCCAUUUCUACUGUGUGGCCGUAUAUGUGACUCAUGCACCUGCGAUAGGCGUGCGCCAGAGCUUGCAGAGUGCACUUGUUCACAGUGGAAACCAUUUGCAGCACUCCAAAAAUCUGACGAAGCACAUGUGCAGGUGAUAGAAAAAGAAAAAUCUGCUAUUCAAGUUCAGUCUUCAGGCACCAUUCCAUAUGCAGAAUGCAUAAAAACUUGCGAUAAAUGUUUUUGUACACUAAGGUGGCCCCCUGAGAGCAAUGUGUGCUUUUGCGGAGACAACAAGAAGUCCAAGAAGCCAGUUGCUUUAGUCCAAGAAGCGAAAAUGAGUAGCAGCAACGUGAAAUCAGAGAUAAUGCCAUAUUCAGAAUGCCAGAAAAACUGCAAGCAUGUAUGCGCUUGUACACUAAUUUGGCCACCUGAACUAUCAACGUGCAUUUGUGGUGACUACAUCAAAUCAUCAGCCAAUGAAGCGGCCGAAGAAUUGCAUAAAGAAUUGGACUUGGUCUCCAAGCCAGUUGCAAAAUCAGUGGGAGGCUUUAUUCCAUAUCCGGAAUGCAUUGAAAAAUGUGACGAGUGCGUAAUUUGCACUAAGCCUUAUCCAAUUGAGCUUGCAUUAUGCUAUUGUGGUAAAAAGACUGAUUCUGACUCCAAGAAACCAGCAAUCGAAUAUGCGGAAAAAUUACUCACAGAAUUGGCCGUGGCCAAACCAGUUGCAAAAUCAGUGGGAGGCUUUAUUCCAUAUCCGGAAUGCAUCGAAAAAUGUGACGAGUGUGUAAUUUGUACAAAAAAUUGGCCAAUGGAGAAAGUAUUGUGCUAUUGUGGUAAAAAGACUGAUUCCGACUCCAAGAAGCCAACAAUCGAAUAUGCAGAAAAAGUACUUACAGAAUUGGACAUAGCCAAACCAGUUGCAAAAUCAGUGGGAGGCUUUAUUCCAUAUCCGGAAUGCAUUGAAAAAUGUGAUGAGUGUGUGAUUUGCACUUUUAUUUAUCCAAUCGAGGCUGCACUAUGCUAUUGUGGUAAAAAGACUGCUUCCAACUCCAAGAAACCAGCAAUCGAAUAUGCGGAAAAAUUACUUACAGAAUUGGACGUAGCCAAACCAGUUGCAAAAUCAGUGGGAGGCUUUAUUCCAUAUCUAGAAUGCAUAGAGAAAUGUGAUGACUGCACAGUAUGUACACUUAUUUAUCCAAUUGAGAGAGCAUUGUGCUAUUGCGGUAAGACGACCGGAGCUGAAGCCAGAGCCCUCCCCGUCUAGCUUAGCUGCUAGCUUCUUCCUCAAAUGGUCGAGUUCGAUGAUUAAUAAAAGGGCUAUAAUUUGUUGGAUUUACUCCUACUGAUGAUGCCCUAGACUUCCUUUGAGCUGCCUUAAUGAUGUGUUUUAAGGCUUUAGUUAGUUUCUAUGUAGAAUAAGCUUGCAUUUGUUUAUGCCUAUAUGUAAGCGGCCUUAAUUAUGUUGUAUGCUUGUUAUCGAUCAGUUUCAAUCAGCUUAUUAUGAAAAGGGGAAUUUGAUUCUA